GGGUGAGUAAGGGGCAGUUGUGUUGAUCUAUUCUUCCUUUGGAGUUUCCAUUUCGUGGAAGAAGGAGGCGAGCUUUUAGACUGCUCUUGCUUUCGCAGAAGCCAGAGCGGGGUGGAGAGAGAAACUUGAAACCGCGCCUAGACGCUUCUGCUUUCGUUCUCUUUCCGCCCAUUUCCCUGCAGUAACCUAGCUUGUGUUAGUGGAUGAAGAGCGGGGAGAGAGCCAGGGUUGUGUGAGCACUCUAACUUCCAGCUCUCGUUUUCACUGGUAAUUACCUAACGAAUCGCUGGCGUGUGUGCGUCGAUCUCAUAUUGCUAGAGAUCUCUAGUUUUAAGCACUUCUACCUGGAACAUCAGAGAUUCCAAGAAUCCCGUAUUUGUUGCAACAGCCAUUGUAAUUCUUAUUUCAUCUGUAUUUUUUGGCUUGCCCUUCCUCCAAGGAUAUCAAGGCAAUAGGCAUCGUUUUUCCUUCAUUUUAUUCCCGUAACAACCCUGUGAAGUAGGUUAGGCUGACAGAAUAUUUCACCCCAAAUUACUAAGCUUUAUGGCAUAGGAGGGAAUUUUAACUCAACACUUACCUGUUCUAGUCCAACAAUCUAGUUGCUGCUGUUCUAAAUUGAUAAAAAUAACACGUGGUCAAGCUUCAUGCACCGCAAAGCUCAUCCAGCCUGAUUAACUAACAGGUGCCGAAGUGGAAUGCAUUGAGAGAGUGAGAUGGCUGCCCUUGGUGGUUCAAGAUUAGCAGGCAGGAACUGUGCUUUAGUUCGAUUGACCUCUUUGUUCAACUGGAGAUCGUGCAGUAAUCCUUACAAGUUUUCCAGCAAAACCUUUAAGGGAUGGCAGCAUCAAGAGAAUAAGUGCCAAACAUGGGAUAAAGGCAAUAGUCCAAGAUGCUGUUUUAUGACUGGAAGUUUCAAAUGCCACAGACACUUCGCUACUAGAAGCCAAGGAUGCUUUUUAAAUCUGAAAAAUACUGAAAUACGAAGUGCAUACAAGUCUUCUAUAAGGCCCUGUAUGUUCCCUGAGAAAUGGCUGGAAAGGAAUACAUUUUCUUCAACACUUCCUUCUUGGAAGUUACAAAAUGUUGCUGGUGUUCAGAUCUUCAGGUUUUUUCAUACGUCACCAUCAUUAAAAGCUGCUCCUGUUCCUAUCCUGUGGAUGAUCUUGAAGCCAGCUCAGAAACUUCUUGCUAUCAUCCUUGGGAGGAGUAUAAGAAAAUGGUGGCGUGCCCUUCCUCAAAACAAGAAGGAGUUAUUUAAAGAAGCUGCAAGAAGAAAUAAAUGGAAAAUAGUCUUGGGCCUGUGUAGCUUAGGAAUUAUAUUUGUCAUGUUUUAUUUUACACAUUUGGAGGAGACACCAAUCACUGGACGUGCUCGACUUCUGGUAUUUGGGAAGGAGCAUUUCACUGAAUUGUCCCAAAUAGAAUAUAACAUGUGGAUAGAAGAAUUUAAAGACAAAAUGUUACCUGAAAGAGACCCUCGUUACCAAGUUGUAAAAAAAGUUGUUAGUCACCUAGUUGAAAGCAACAAAGAUGUUCCACAAAUCUCAGAGUUCAAAUGGACUAUCCAUGUUGUAGAAGAGCCAGGCAUCAAUGCUUUUGUAUUUCCAAAUGGACACAUAUUUGUUUUCACUGGUUUGCUGACAGCCGUGUCAGAUAUCCAUCAGCUGUCUUUCAUUUUGGGCCAUGAAAUUGCUCAUGCUGUUCUGGGACAUGCUGCUGAGAAAACCAGCUUGGUACACUUCUUGGAUUUCUUCUCUCUCAUUCUUCUUACAAUGAUCUGGGCUAUCUGUCCUCAUGAUAGCUUAGCAAUGAUAGGCCAGUGGAUCCAGGCCAAGUUUCAGGAGUUGCUGUUUAAUAUGCCGUAUGACAGAACUUUAGAAGCUGAAGCAGACAAAGUUGGACUUCAGUUUGCAGCUAAGGCAUGUGUGGAUGUAAGAGCAAGUUCUGUAUUCUGGCAACAAAUGGAACUAGCUGAGACGAUUCAAGGAAACCCAAAGUUACCAGAGUGGCUUUCUACACACCCUUCUCAUGAGAAUCGAGCUGAGCAUUUGGACAGACUUAUACCAGAAGCACUUAAAAUAAGAGAGCGUUGCAAUUGCCCUGCUUUAGCCAGUGAAGACCCACGUCUUAUUUUCAGACUGAGUAUGCAACAUCUUCUGCAGACAUCUAAAGAUGGAGGAUCUAAUAACACUGAUCAUGAUAAAACAAAUGUAUAUAUUCCUUUCACUCAAAAGAAGAAGAUGCCAGUAGAUAUUCUGUCUGGUGAACUGUCAAGAUGAACACAAUAAUUUUAUCCAAAUGCUUGUUUGUAUACCUCUUAAAUUUUCCAGGAAUUUUGAAAUGGUAUAACACAUGGUUAGGAUGGCUACAAAUCUUGACUGCAGUUAUUUGACUGCAGUGUAUGCAUGAAAUACUCAGUGUGUACUGUGCUGUGAAAGCGCAGUUGCUUUCAUAGAGAUGAAAAGGAAACUUCUGUUUACCUGUGGUAUUAAUAGCACUCUGUGCAUUGAAAGACUGCAGUAAUGUGCUCACCUGUGAAAAGAAAUAUUGGGGUAUAAUCUAGAAAUAAAAUAUAUCCUUUCAUAAUAAUAUAAUUUUUAAUUUUUGGUUGAAAAUAGUGGUCUGAGAGGUGCAGGUGCUACCAGUUAAACUGCGGGCAGUGGGAAGGCACAAAGUGGUCUUCCUUACCUGUGUUAUCCAUUUGAGCUUCAGUUAUCUGUCUCCAAAUUUAUUUAAUGAUAGGAAUUCUCUGCCUGCCACAAGAAGCAAGAUGAAAUAAACUGACCAGAAUUUCA